AGUUUACUUAGCGGAGUCUAUUUUUUUCUCUUUGGUCUUGGUCGCUUUCGCACUCACUCUUGUUGCUACGUUGCCGACAAGCCGACCAGAAAUUUCAUUAAUUACUUGGAAUUGGCUACAGCCUCAAUUGGGGCCGAUAGUUAUCGAUAUCCAUGCGCCUCGCAUAGUCGAGUGACCACUGUGCAGACACCGGUCCCUCGCGCCAGUAUGGAAAGUAUGCGCAUUGUUCGCCAAGAUGGACUCGAAUUCGGCCACGAGAUGUUUCUGUACCCUCACUAUUGUAUAGUCGAGAAUGAACAGAGAAAUAAAUAUCGUGCACAAUCGAAAAAAGUCCGGCACAAUGAGCGACUCUACAAAGCAGCCCUAAUUGUCGAAACAGAACUCGAUACGCCGCACCCUCAGCCCUACGGCCACCCCCCUCCGUCCUAUGCCGACGCUAUCAAUGACCUACCUCCGGAUUACUCUACGCUUUCGCUGUUAGCCCAACAGAAAGAUUUGAGCGGUGACUCUGCGCCAUCAAAAGCAUCAAAGGUUUCGGCGACAAGAUCUACCUCUAAACACCUCGAUUUGGGCCGUCCGUCUGGAUUCCGGGAACAUAAGGGAGGCAAGAAAAAUAGAAAAAAGUCAGCGCCACAGCAAUCCAGCUCUCCGCCGCCGAAUGAUGAUGGUGAUAAGGGCGCACCUCCACCCCCCGAAGAAAACCAUGGUGGUAGUGACGGCGGAAGCAAUAGAGGUGGGUCAGGGGAUGGUAAUGGGGACAACGGUGGUGACGGAGGCGGCGAGGAUGACGGAGAGGAUGAUUGGAGUGCGUGGGCUACACCCGGUAAGAAAAAGAACAAGAAGAAGGAAGAGGAAGAAGAGCGGCUGGCCAAAGAGGAGGAGGAGAGAAAGGCCGCGGAAGAAGCUGCGGCCAAUUCCAAUUCCAAUGACCUUAGCUGGGCAGAUAGCAAUGGAAAUGGCGACGAUUCGUGGGCCGAGUUCACGCCUGCAGGAAAGAAGAAAAACAAGAAGAAGGAUAAGGACGCCACUUUGAUUGAUACCGAGCCCCCUCCAAAUUCCUUUCAGGAUAUCAACUUAGGUGACACAGCAUCUCAACCGAACCUGAGCUUGGAUCCUCUUGGGGGUAAACCCACCGGUGGUGGGUUAGAAGUGGGCGGAUGGGACAAAAGUUGGAAUACGGGGAACAAAUGGGGUCUCGACUCGCUUGGUGGGGUGACUGGUGACAAGACAUCCGGCAGCAACCCGUGGUCAUUUGGCUCAGCAGCCGAUCCGCUGAAUGCCCCAGUCGGAUUUGGUUUUGGUUUCGGAGCUCCGCCAGGCAUGAGCAACGGUGAUGUCCCACCGCAAGAGAAGAAGGAUCCUUGGGGGCUCUUGGAUAGUAAGAAGCCGGUCGAACCAGAGCCAGAAAUGGCCGAUGACGAUGAUUGGGGGGGGGCGUGGGGCUUGUCGAGUAAAAAGAAAGACAAGAAAAAGAAGAACCUUGCAGAUGAGCCUGCCCCUGUGGAUCCCCCGGCAUCGGAGCCACCUGCGGCGGCUCCUGCUGGGGACAUUUGGACGGAUGGCUGGGGUACUACUGGCAAGAAAAAGGAUAAGAAGGGUAAGAAAGGUGCCAUCGCCGAGGAGCCAGAACCAGUACUGGAGGAGCCUCCCGCAGUCGCAGAUCCACCACCUAAGCCCACUCCUGAAGAGAAGAACGAUGAGGGGGAUUGGGCAGGUUGGAAUGUUUCCACAAAUGACAAGAAAAAGAAGAAGGGCAAUGGUGCAGCAGAGCCCGAGCCUGAACCCGAAUCACCACCUCAAGUACCGGAGCCUCAACUGCCCGACGACCCACUUUACAAUAAUUGGGACACGCUAUCAUCAAAAGACCGCAAGAAGCGAGAAAAGUCGCUUGUCAAAAAAGGCCUACCGAUACCUGGAAAAGACUUUGAGUGGCCACCACCUUUACCAGCCGUGGCCGUCGAAGAGCCCAUAAAAGAGCCCGAGCCUGAACCAACGCCGGAGCCAGAGCCGGAGCCAGUAGUUGAACCUGAACCUGAACCGGAGCCUGCAGAGCCAGAUCCAGCACCUGUACCCGAAACUAAAUUGCCAGAUGACCCACUCUACAACAAUUGGGAUGAUCUAUCACCUAAGGAUCGAAAGAAGCGUGAGAAGUCUCUGAUAAAGAAAGGCCUUCCUAUUCCUGGUAAGGAUUUUGACUGGCCGCCUUCAACACCGGAGCCGGCAGUAGAGGAGCCAGUGCCAGAACCAGAAGCAGCACUAAAACCGGAGCCAGUACAUGAGCCUGAACCUGAACCGGAACCGGAACCUGAACCGGAGCAAGAACCGGAGCCAGCCCCUGAACCACAGCCUGAGCCUGAGAAGAAGGCCCCUGAACUACCGGAUGACCCGCUCUACAACAAUUGGGAUGAUCUUUCAUCUAAGGAUCGAAAGAAGCGUGAGAAAUCUCUGAUAAAGAAAGGCCUCCCGAUUCCUGGUAAGGAUUUUGACUGGCCGCCUUCAAAACCAGAGCCUGUAGUAGAGGAGCCAGCACCAGCGCCGUCGCCAGGACCAGGACCAGAACCAGAACCAAAACCAGAACCAGCAGUGGAACCUGAACCAGUACUCGAACCUGAACCAGCAGUGGAAUCAGAGCCAGUGCUUGAGCCUGAGCCUGAGCCUGAAAAGAAGGCCCCCCAACUGCCGGAUGACCCACUCUAUAACAACUGGGAUGAUCUGUCAUCUAAAGACCGGAAGAAGCGCGAAAAAUCUUUGAUCAAGAAAGGUCUGCCAAUUCCCGGUAAGGACUUUGACUGGCCACCGUCUGAGCCAGUGGCCGAAGAACCCAUACAAAAGUCAAUACCGGAGCCCGAGCCCGUGCAGGAAACCGAGCCAGAACCAGAACAAAAACCCAUCCCUGAGCCUGAACCUGAAUCUACACCUGCACCCAAAGAGCCCGAGGCCCAGCCUGAACCCGAAGCUAAGGCUUCUGGACUCCCGGAUGAUCCACUCUAUAAUAACUGGGACAUUCUCUCUUCUAAGGAUAGAAAGAAGCGAGAGAAAUCCUUGAUAAAGAAAGGUUUACCAAUUCCUGGUAAGGAUUUCGAGUGGCCACCACCGGCGGUGCCCGUAGCAGAGGAACCCGUACACGAGCCAGAGCCAGAACCAGUCCCUGAACCAGCUCCAGAACCCCAGCUAAUUCCGGAACAAGUUAUUGAAGAGCCAAUUGACGAUGACUGGGGGAUCUGGGCGCCGUCAAAGGAUAAGAAGAAGUCAAAGAAGAGUAAGGUCAAUGAUGAGCCUCCGCCACCGGCACCAACCCCUCCUUCUCUGGGGUUAUCGCCGGAGCCUGACACAUUCGAGAGUAUACCAGAAGAGCCUCUCUGGGAUGAAUUUAGCACAAAGCCUUCUAAAAAGAAAGGUCUUGGAGCAGAGGACACACCUUCUAAACCUGCCAGAGGGUUCUGGGCCAACCUUGGAGCAGCUACUAUGGGAAUUCCUAAAACCGCCAAGAAGAAGUCGACAGAAAAGCCAAGGUCGACCGAGGAAUUCAAAGAUCCCGACCCCCAACCUGCCCAAGAUGAUCUGCUUAUUGACGUAGAGGAAGUGCCGAGAGAGGCUGGAGCGGCUGACGCGGCUGACGCGCCAGUCGCAGAACCCCAACCGCUAGCCGCGCCGCCAACAAAGACACCUGUUGUCACCUCGAAGACCAAGUCAUCAACCAAACUCUCUGUCGCUGAGCGCAUCAAAGUUCUUGAGGAAAAAAAGAAAGAAAAGUCCAAGGGGAAGUCAGCAGAAAAAACAAAGGCGAAAGAGGCGCCGCCGCUAGUAGAGGAGCUUCUAGAACCCCCACAGGAGCCCGAGCCCGAGCCAGUUAUUGAAAGAAAGGUCGUACGAGACACGGUACCGGGAAGCUUCCCGGAUGCUUUUGAAGACGAUUUCGAAGAGCCACCCCCGCCUGCCCCAGAACCACCGACGGAGCCGGAGCCGGAAGUGCAGCCUCAACCAGAACCAGAGCCAGAACCAGAAAUACAACCUGAACCUGAACCUGAGCCAGCCUUACUGUACAAGAAAUCCAAAAAGAAAGACAAGAAGAAAUCAAGGACUAUUGUGCCUGAGCCCCUGCCUCCUGUCCUAGAGCCUCCAGCACUAGAACCGCCGGUUGAGCCGGAAGCCGCGCCGCCAGAAGGGGUUGCGCCUGCUGCUGAGCCUGAGCCAAUUCCAGAACCAGAGCUGGUACCUGUACUAAAAACAGAAAAGAAAAAGAAGAAGAAGACUACGGCUGUUGAGCCCCAGCCCCUACCAGUGCCCGAGCCUGAGCCAGAACCCGCGCGAGCUCUCGACCCUGAACCACAACAAACUGCCCCUCCUGUACCUGAACCUGAACCUGAACUUGUCCCUGUAGAUGUGCCCGAACCCAAGCCCGAGCCAGCGCCCGAGCCCGCUGAGCCGCCUGCCCCAGAACCUGAAAAGCCCAUGAAGAAAAUCAGGAAAAGCAAAAGGUCUACUCCAGCCGCAGAUCUGCCGCCGCCACCUUCUGCAGGUAUCCCAGAAACCGAUGCGCCUGAGGAAGCUGCCGGAGGUCCUCCGACACCGCCACCAGAACAGGUUGCACCAGAGAGGUCGGCAAGAAAGGAGCGCGCGCGUGUUGAGCGUGCGCCCGGCAGCACAUCUUGGGGUAUGUGGGGCGCUCCACCCCCGCCGAAGAAGGCGAGCCACAGGGAGGACAAGCAUAUCAGAAGGGAGCAGUCCCCUUCGGGAAUGGCAAGGUCAAAGUCCACCAGACACUCGAGGCCAAGGGAGCCAGAGGGCGAUUUAGAAAGAUCGUUGGCACCUGAGAAAGACAGACAACGGGAAGCUACAAACGACCGGGCCGGGGCAUUCUCGAAUUUUAUAUUUGGCGCACCACCUCCGCCUUCUAGGACUAAAUCUGGCAGAAGACAUGGUGAGCCUGGUUCGCGGCACACAUCAAGGCGCCCACCUGUAGACAUGGAUGAUACUGGGUUCCCUUCCCCGCCGCCAGAUGAGCAGCUCGAGAUGCCUGAUAAGCCAGCCCGCAUGAUGGGGCCCCCCCCAUCUGGGUCAAGACGCGAGAGACCGCGUGGGGCGCGAAAAAGAUCUAGCGCCCGUGAUCCGUAUGCUAUUAACGAAGAAGAUAUUGUUAUGGUCAACCGGGAUGAUGCCGAUGGUGAGCUGAAAGCUGGUUCCAGGGAGUCGCGCCAUUCAGAGAGGAGGUCGAGGAAGACGUCACGAUCAAGGCAGGGAGAUCUCCAGGACGAUGUUAUGGUCGAUCAGGACCCGACUCAGCAAGUUCCAGACAUUGUUUCCGGACCCGAUGAUGUCGCGUUUGUGGAGCCUCCGAGGGAGCGACGCGCAAGGCGGCCAAGUAUCCCCGCAAAGAAACCAGAGACUGGCGGUAUUAUGGGGUUGAUCGGGUCACUGCGCCGGAACAUUCGUCCCGAGAUGCCGGAGCGUCAAAAGUCUCGGUCUUACCGUGACGAAGAUGCAAGGUACAUGACGGAACCAGAGCGUGAGGACUCUCGCCGCCAGAGACGCGAGGAGAGAAGAAGACGCUCGAUAAGGCCGGAUCCUGAACGGGAGGGCUAUGCUACCGAUGCUGGACCGGCAACAGCCAUUCCAGAGAUCCAAGUAGAAGACGUCGACGCUAGGAGAGAGGCGCGCAGAGCACGACAUAGUUCUCGACAAGGCGACAUCGAGCAGCACCGAGAGAGCGAAUUCCAAGAAGCUGAAGAGCGACGAGCGAGACGACGGGAGAGACACAGGGCUCGUGAGCGUGAGAUGCAGGAAAUGCAGCUUCGCGAAGAAGAAGAGAGAGCACAACGACGCCGAGAAGAAAAGAUGGCUCGUCGGGCUGCUCAUGAAGAGCGCCGUGCCCGGCAGGAGCAAGAAGCCCGUGAGGCCGAAGCCCAAGAAGUCAGAGAAGCGGAGGUUCGCGAAGCUAAGGCUGCGGAACGACGCGAACGGAGACGGCAAAGAGAGGCAGAAAUGUAUGAGAACCCUGGCUAUGAUCCGAGAUCCAGAAAGCGGCACUCUCGUAUCGAUGAUAGCGCUCCUAGGGAGUUCUACAUGCAAGGUGGGGACGCGGAAAGGCCCCAUCGUUCUUACCGUCCUAGCGACGGAGGUGAACGCGCUAGACGCCGAAAUUCCAGGGCGCCAGAGGAGAUGAGACCUCCACCGAUGAUCCCUGGGGGCCGCAAGGAUAAAACAUCGUCUUGGGUCAAUUCUCAAGCAAGCGAACCGCCUGAGCCACCCCCAAUUGUACCAACUGUCAUGGACAUGCCUCCUGGUCCGGGAGAACACUUGAACGAGGCGCACUCCAUCUCAUCAGACGAAGAGGCUCGACGUGACCUACGUCGGAAGGCCAGAAGACGGGCGAGAUACCCCGGACUCACUGAUCAGGAGAUCGAGGAGGUGCGCGCUAGAAAACGCGAAGCUCGGAGGUCUGAAAGAGGAGUGAAAAGUAGCUCUGGUAGUGCAGACUACGAACGAGAUCGGGGAAUGAGAUAUGAACGCUACGAUCAACCACCCCCAAGCUCUGGAGGAAAGCUGCCUAACUGGUUCAAGAAACUUACAAGUUUUUGAUACGCGCAUAUUGAGUGAGAGAACCUUCCUAUUUUGCUAGGUAGGGCUAUGUUCGACAGUGCGAUAUUAUGCCAGAAGAAUGCUCCUUGAUUUUUCGGUGCAUUUGACGAUUUGAAUGACGCGAUGACCACAUACCUGAAGUGUUGGAUAUGAACCUUGAUAUUGACUUUUUAUGCGUUGAUGACCCUUUCAGCACUGUUUCCGUCCGUGAAAUUGUCUUUUCACUGAGAUUUGUAUACCUGAUGCAUGUAUGAUUAAC